AUGGUUUGGAAAAUUGAACUUGUUGCCGGUCCCAAUCCAGGCAGGGACUUCCAAAUUCAAAUUCUGGUACCGGUAAAUGAGAAGGCGCGGGAUGCGGUCGGGUGCGUAUUUGAAGUGUCAGCUGGCUUCCGCGGGAGCACACGCGCCACCGGCUUCACUGUUGGAAGUUGCAAAGGCGGAGAGCUGGCACGAUGCGCAGAGAGAGACGCUCGCGCUCAUAGUAAUGGACCUCCGAAGGACUCGGAUGUGCGAGAAGUACGAGCAAUGUCGGCACCAGAAACAGAAUCGGGGCUCUCUCUCUCUGGAGUGGCGGAACUCGACCGAGUUGUGUCACCGUGUGUUGUCUUGUCGAUCAUCGGUCGUUUGGAUCCACUUGGGCUCGGUAAGCAGGCGACGCGGAGCGUUUCGUGGUACGUCGUGUUCGCACACUUCGGACUCCUCUGAUUCAGCCUCGAAUGUUGAACGUGGAGCCCGGUAUCGAUAAGAGCAUGGUUGUGUAAGCUUGUUGUCCGGCAGUCAACCUUCCUUCUUGUUAGUGCGUUCCAGAUAGAGACUAAUAUCGGAAAUAUCCAAGUUGGUGGCUAGAUCGUUACAAGUUGGCACAUAAAAUUGAAUACUAAGCCGAUAUUCCCACUGUACACUGUCAUGUUACACUUUUCUGUCCAAGUGAAAUCUGUCGGCAUG